AAUCCCUUUUUCUUCCUAUACGUGCCUCUCUCCUCUCAGCCGCCCCUUCAUCUUUCUCUCUAUUUCUCUCAAAUCAUCUCCUCUCAAGCUCCAUGUCUCCCCUAUCUUCCUCUCUCACUACCAUGGGAGACCACGACUACACUCAUGGCGCGCGUGCGGUGGCUCACAACGAUGAUGUGCGGUGGUUUCCAUGGAAGCCGAAGAAGAUUGACAGAUGGAGCUAGCUCGGUGGUUAGUGCCCUGCCCACUGUUCUUGAGAAUCCAAGCCCACCCAAAUCAUCCUUCAAUGAGUUGAUUGAAUCAUUAAUAUUAGUGGUUUCUCUAACCACCCCCAUUCGGACAGCGCUAACUAAGCAGAGGAGAUGAGCCAGAGUUCAGAGCAACGUCUCCUAAUGUGACUCACUCACUCUCUCUCUUCCGAUCUCCUCUCUCACUAUCCUUGCUUGAAAAAUUAUAGCUAUAUUAGUGUUUUAAGUUAAUAGAAUUUUGAAGUCUAAAUGAAGGGGUUGACAUUAAAUUGCUUCUCUCCCUUCCAAGGAGGCCAACCUCUUCAAACUCAUCGUCAAAUCUUAUGAGACAAAACAAUAUAAGAAGGGGUUGAAGGCUGCAGACACUAUAUUGAAAAAGUUUCCAGACCAUGGAGAAACUUUAUCAAUGAAGGGGUUGACAUUAAAUUGCAUGGACCGUAAAUCUGAAGCAUAUGAGCUUGUUCGGCAAGGAUUAAAGAAUGAUCUUAAAAGUCAUGUAUGCUGGCAUGUUUAUGGUCUUCUUUAUCGGUCCGGUAGAGAAUACAGGGAGGCAAUCAAAUGCUAUAGAAAUGCACUGAGGAUCAAUCCAGACAAUAUUGAAAUUUUGCAGGAUCUGUCACUAUUACAGGUGCAAAUGCGAGAUUUGGCAGGGUUUUUCGAGACAAGACAACAGCUUUUGUCUCUAAAAUCAAAUCAUCGUAUGAAUUGGAUUGGCUUUGUUGUUGCUCAUCAUUUAAACUCAAAUGCUUUAAAAGCAGUUGAAAUUCUGAAGGCAUAUGAAGGGACACUAGAAGAUGAUUUUCCUCCUGAUAAUGAACGUUGUGAACAUGGGGAAAUGCUUUUGUAUAAGAUUUCUUUGCUAGAAGAACCGGGCUCUAUUGAGAGAGCUCUUGAUGAGUUGCACAAGAAAGAGCCAAAAAUAGUUGAUAAAUUGGCUUUUAAAGAACAAGAGGUUUCUCUUUUAGUAAAGCUUGGUUGCUUUGAAGAAGGUGCCACUUUGUUCAAGGCUCUACUUUCUAUGAAUCCUGACAAUUACGGAUACUAUGAAGGCCUUCACAAGUGUGUUGAGCUCUAUUAUGAAAAUGGUCAGUAUUCACCCGACCAAAUUGAACAGUUGGAGUUGUUGUACAAUUCUCUUAGGCAGCAAUACACUUGGUAUUCUGCUGUCAAGAGAAUACCGCUUGACUUUCUGCAAGGUGUCAGGUUUAGAGAAGCAGCUGAAAAUUAUAUUAGGCCCUUCCUUACUAAGGGAGUUCCAUCAUUGUUCACUGAUCUUUCUCCAUUGUAUGAUCAUCCUGGAAAGGUUCAAGUUAUGCUUUGUCACACUGUUUUCCAGGCAGACAUUCUUAAGGAACUUAUUAUUGAGCUGGAGCAUGCUGUUAGGAAUUCUGGUCAAUUCCCUAGAAGGUAUAUUGAGAUGAUUUCUUUGGAGCAAUUCUUGACAACAUUUGUAGUUGAGGCCUUUAGAAUGGAAGAAUGUAUUUCACUAAUUUUUAUAUACAUUUCUUGUUUUGUAUUUAGUGAUAAAGGAAUCUGAAUUAGGCAUAAAUUAUGUUGUAAUAUGAUUUCUUAAGCCUAGACUAGUAGACUAAAUAUUGUAAUUACAUUUUGAGUAAUUAAUAAAAAUCUAUUUAUGUUA